CAGAAGAAGCUAAGAUAUCCACACCAUGAAGAUAAUUGGACUCCAUACAUGGCGAUGAAAAGGCAACAGAAUUUUAAAAACAGGAACUCGAAAAAGCUUCUCUCACCACCAGCAGCUGAAGGUUCAAAACCAAGGCUUUCAGAGCAUAAGCAAGGUAGAUGGAUUCUUUCGAUCGACCCGGAAAGGCCAUGGACCAUCAAGAUCACGAUGUCAGAAAACCAUCCAUUGGCCAUAAAAGAGAACAAGAAAAGACUUUCAGACAAUGAAGACGAAGAAUGGAUUCCAAAGGGGAGACGGGAAAACCAUCUACUGAUGUUGCAAGAUAAAGAUUUAGAAGAAGAGCAGGAAGAUGAUGAGCCACAACGGACUUCUCCGUCAAAGCAUAUGGAAAAGGUUGCGAAGAAGAAAGAGGAGGAUAUCUCUCCUUCUUCUUCUUCUUUAAUUACUAUCUCGACCGAUGGCAGCGGAGAUUGCACCGAUGGAGUUUUUGCUAGUGUUGCGAGCAAGGUCGGCAUUGUUAUUUUCAUCUCUAUUUGAUUAUCUCCCAUCAAUUAUAAGCUUUCUUUUCAAAUGGAUAUGAUUGAUAUCUAGUAUACAGUUGAAGGAUUGUAAAUGUUUGAUGAGUUAGACUAGUAUUCCUUAUUUAAAAAUUUUAAUUUCGAGAUGGUUUUUUUUUUUUCCGGUUUUUCAGCGGCGACGACUGCCACAAUCCAAGGAAGGAGAUAGAAAGAUGUGUCAUCAAUGUAGGAAAUGUGAUAGGAGUGUUGUUCCAUGCCUCAACUGUAAAAAGAGAAGAUUUUGUAUGCAAUGUAUACAUCAAUGGUAUCCGAUGAUUUCAGAGGAGGAGAUUGCAGCCGCUUGCCCAGUCUGUCGUGGGAAUUGCAACUGCAAUGAAUGCUUGCUUAGAGCAGUGACUGUCAAGGUAUGAUUUUAAUUCUUGGUUUGUUUGGAUAACCAUCAAAAUUGAGAUUUGGGUAUAUGCCUUUUGUUCUGUUUUAGUUUUUUUUUUU